CUUCCCUGCUCCUUUAAGCGUCCACAGGCGGCGGAGCGGCCACAAUCACAGCUCCGGGCAUUGGGGGAGCCCGAGCCGGCUGCGCCGGGGGAAUCCGUGCGGGCGCCUUGCGUCCCGGUCCCAUCCUCACCGCGCUCCCACACCCCUGAAGUUUUGCAGCGCCCAGAAAGGAGGCGAGGGAGGAGGGAGCGUGAGAGGAGAAGGGCAAAAAGCACACCCUAAAAACAUUUAUUUCAAGGAGGAAAGAAAAAGGGGGGCGCAAAAAUGGCUGGGGCAAUUAUAGAAAACAUGAGCACCAAGAAGCUGUGCAUUGUUGGUGGGAUUCUGCUCGUGUUCCAAAUCAUCGCCUUUCUGGUGGGAGGCUUGAUUGCCCCGGGGCCCACGACGGCAGUGUCCUACAUGUCGGUGAAAUGUGUGGAUGUCCGUAAAAACCAUCACAAGACAAAAUGGCUAAUGCCCUGGGGACCCAACCAAUGCGACAAGAUCCGAGACAUCGAGGAAGCAAUCCCAAGGGAAAUCGAAGCCAAUGACAUUGUGUUUUCGGUCCACAUCCCCCUUCCCUCCAUGGAGAUGAGUCCUUGGUUCCAGUUCAUGCUCUUUAUCCUGCAGCUGGACAUCGCUUUCAAGCUGAACAACCAAAUCAGAGAAAAUGCAGAAGUUUCCAUGGAUGUUUCCCUGGCUUACCGUGAUGAUAUGUUUGCUGAAUGGACUGAAAUGGCCCAUGAGCGAGUGCCCCGGAAACUCAAAUGUACCUUUACAUCCCCCAAGACCCCAGAGUAUGAGGGCCGUUACUAUGAAUGUGAUGUCCUUCCUUUCAUGGAAAUCGGGUCUGUAGCUCAUAAGUACUACCUUCUGAACAUCCGGCUGCCUGUGAAUGAGAAGAAGAAAAUCAACGUUGGGAUUGGGGAAAUAAAGGAUAUUCAGUUGGUGGGAAUCCAUCAAAAUGGAGGCUUCACCAAGGUGUGGUUUGCCAUGAAGACCUUCCUUACACCCAGCAUCUUCAUCAUUAUGGUGUGGUAUUGGAGGAGGAUCACUAUGAUGUCCCGACCCCCAGUGCUUCUAGAAAAAGUCAUCUUUGCCCUUGGGAUUUCCAUGACUUUUAUCAAUAUCCCAGUGGAAUGGUUUUCCAUUGGAUUUGACUGGACCUGGAUGCUACUGUUCGGCGACAUCCGGCAAGGCAUCUUUUACGCGAUGCUCCUCUCCUUCUGGAUCAUCUUCUGUGGCGAGCACAUGAUGGAUCAGCACGAGCGGAAUCACAUAGCAGGGUACUGGAAGCAAGUCGGACCAAUUGCUGUUGGCUCUUUCUGUCUCUUCAUAUUUGACAUGUGUGAGAGAGGGGUACAACUCACAAAUCCCUUCUACAGUAUCUGGACUACAGAUGUUGGGACAGAGCUGGCCAUGGCCUUCAUCAUUGUGGCUGGUAUCUGCCUCUGCCUCUACUUCCUGUUCCUGUGCUUCAUGGUGUUUCAGGUGUUUCGGAACAUCAGUGGGAAGCAGUCCAGCCUGCCGGCCAUGAGCAAAGUCCGGCGGCUGCACUACGAGGGGCUGAUUUUCAGGUUCAAGUUCCUCAUGCUGAUCACCUUGGCCUGCGCCGCUAUGACUGUCAUUUUCUUCAUUGUUAGCCAGGUGACGGAAGGCCAUUGGAAGUGGGGCGGCGUCACAGUCCAGGUGAACAGUGCCUUUUUCACAGGCAUUUAUGGGAUGUGGAACCUGUAUGUCUUUGCUCUGAUGUUCUUGUAUGCGCCAUCCCAUAAGAACUAUGGGGAAGACCAGUCCAAUGGUGAUCUGGGUGUCCACAGUGGGGAGGAACUCCAGCUCACCACCACCAUCACCCAUGUGGACGGACCCACCGAGAUCUACAAGUUGACCCGCAAGGAGGCCCAGGAGUAAGAGGCUGCAGCACCUGGCUGGGAUGGUCCCCACGUCCUGGCCCCUCUAGCUAGAGUGGGGAGCGUGCAGACGAAUGCUCGAGACUCCUCGCUGUGGUUUCCUGGGCCAGCAGCAUAGACGUUUGUUAGUUCGACUUCUGACUGUGCUCUCUGAGGACGAUUCCUGCGGCCACUAAUGCGUUGUGUAUGAUAACAAAACCUCUGAUAUGACACAUUUUCUGUGAUCAUUGUUAAUUAGGGACAUAGUAACAUCUGUAGCAGGUGGUUAGUAAACCUCAUGUGUUGGGGGUGUUCUCUUUGGGGGAUGGUUUGGGCCAGAUGGGGUCUAUAUGGAGUGGAAUAUUUGACUCUUUUUCCUGUUUUAGAUUCUAGGGUAGAUUUUAACAUCUUUGCAGGCCAGGAUAGGCUGGUGUUAUAGUCUUCUCAAACCUAGUCUGUGACCACUUGUUGUUUUUGUUUUUUUUUUUCCUAUUUAUAUCACCAAGUAGCCUAUUGAGUUAAUAUUUAAGUUGUCAAUAGAUAUGUGUCCCUAUUUUUUAUGGCAUAAUAUAAAAUAACUGAACUUCGUGAGAAGGUCUAUUACGCCAGGGGCAUUUCAGCUUUGAAACCAAAUCUGUAUAUCCAAUACUAACCAGUCUGUUGGAUGUGGGUUUUAAAAAAAUGUUUGCUAAACUACCCGAGUAGGAUUUAUUGUAUUAAAUGGCCUUUGGGUCUGAAAAGCUUUUUUAACCUCUUGCUUAAAAUGUGUUUUCUUUUGAUAAGAUGCUUUCAACAGCCUCCAAAAGUGUAGAUCUGAUCGUUUAAAUAAACCUGUAUGUAUAUGC